GUCAUUAAUCUUCCUCCUAUGUAUUCAUUUUUUCCUUUGGAUUUUUUCACUUUUUCCGCGCACUUCUCCCUCUUUUCUUCAUUGAAGCGUACUCUGCGUUCUCCAUUGAAUCUGCGUCUGAGCUUUCUCUUCUCCAUCGAAGCAGUUUCUGAGGUGCGCAGAAUUGUGAGGAAGACGGUAGAUGACCAUAUCAGGAUAAGUUGGCUCAGGAACAGGCCUGAACUUCUCUAAUUCUCGCCUUUUAUAUUCAGCAGGAUGGUAACUGGGAAUUCUCAGGAAGACCGAGAGAAGAACCCUAAAGGAGCUACCAGGUCGUGGGGGCCUGCUGUCUCAGGACAGUCAGUAUCAACUAGUGGCAGUGUGGGCUCACCAUCGAGCCGGAGCGAAGCUGGAAUGGCAACACCAGCUCGUGACAGUACUGUUCUUAGACUAAGUCACCUUGAGAUUCAUGGUGAUGAUUCUGCCUCUCAGGGUGCUGUUGUGAGUAAGAAGAAAAAAAGAGGUCAACGUGCAACUGGAACUGACAAAAGUGGUCGUGGACUUCGACAAUUCAGUAUGAAGGUUUGCGAGAAAGUAGAGAGCAAAGGAAGGACAACAUACAAUGAGGUAGCAGAUGAACUAGUUGCUGAAUAUGCAGAUGCAAGUAAUGCUCUUGGGUCAAAUGAAAAUCAAGGAUAUGAUGAGAAAAACAUUCGCCGACGAGUGUAUGAUGCGUUAAAUGUUCUAAUGGCAAUGGAUAUAAUUUCCAAGGAUAAGAAGGAAAUACAAUGGAGAGGUCUGCCUCGAACAAGCUUGAAUGAUAUUGAAGAGUUGAAGACAGAGCGGGUAGGACUGAGAAAUAGGAUAGAAAAGAAAGCUGCAUACUUGCGGGAACUGGAAGAACAAUUCGUAGGAUAUCAGAACCUCAUACAGCGUAAUCAACAGCUGUAUGGAGAUGGGAAUGCUCCUACUGGUGGUGUAGCUUUACCUUUUAUUCUGGUUCAGACUAGACCAAAUGCUACCGUUGAAGUCGAAAUUUCAGAAGAUAUGCAGCUUGUGCAUUUUGAUUUCAAUAGUACCCCUUUUGAACUCCAUGACGACAACUACGUCUUAAAGCAAAUGAAUGUUUCCAACAAAUCUCUAUUUGAUGCUGAGGCUUGCGAUAUUCCAGCUAAUGCAGGUGAAGGUCCAAGUGUGCCUGCCACUACUUAUCAUCCUCAAAUCUCUCAGCCUCCUUCACCUAAAACUUAUCACAAUGAAAGCUCUCAGCUACCAUCACCGCCGAAGCCAUACCAACCUCAAACUUGUACAUCGCCAUCAUCAUCGACACAGCAAGCUCAAAUGACAUUGCCCUCUUCACGCCCGAAUACAGCAAUGAAGAGCCCCACAUCUCCACCUCUUCCUGGUAUACUUAAGGCUCGUGUGCAGCAUGACAGAUAGACAAGAGAUGUUGAACUUUUUCCAUAUCAUCUCCUUUCGUCUGUGUAUAAGUUCCUACUAAACCUGGCAGCAUGCACUCUCUCAGUAUAGCUUUUUCAGCUGGAGGGUGAGGUACUAUAUAGGAGUGACACAAAACUUAGUCUUCCUCUUUACUGCAGAUUUGUAGUUCGCUGUAUCACCAUUUUAUUCUAUGAAAAAUUAUUCUUGAGCAAUA